AUGGGUGAAGUUACUGUUCCAAGAAAUUUCAGACUACUUGAAGAGCUUGAAGAUGGUCAAAAAGGCAAAGGCGAUGGUAAUAUAUCUUGGGGAUUAGAGGAUGAUGAAGAUAUGACAUUAACCAAAUGGACCGGAAUGGUAAUUGGACCUAAUAGAACUCCUUUUGAAUCUCGUAUGUACAGCUUACUUUUAGAAUGUGGCCCUAAAUAUCCAGAAGAACCUCCAACUGUUCGUUUUAUUACAAGAAUCAAUUGUAAUGGAGUUAAUCAAUCUACCGGUGUUAUUGAUAAACGUUAUCUUCAAACAUUGAAACAAUGGAAAAGUUCCUACUAUAUUAAAACAAUUUUGGAAGAUAUAAGAAAUCAUAUGAUGACAAGUAAGGAUAAUAUGAAGCUUUCACAACCACCAGAAGGAGUUACAUUCUAA